AUGUUCGGAACACGAAUCGUUUUCGCUCUUGCUCUUGUUCUAGCCUUGGCCAACAUCGUGGCUACCAGCGGACCGACGAGUAUCUUUAUCGAUCAGAUUGAAGAAUAUGCUCUCCUGGCAACAUGUGCAGAGCUCGAGUUAUCGACCAUUGUGCGGAAUAUGAAGUACGGAUGUGGAGAUGGUGGCGACGGUGCGUUCCAGUCGUUUACUUGUUUCUGUUAUGAGAGCUCUGCCAAGUUCUCCAGCAUGAUUGGUGCUCAUGUCGCCACCGAGUGUCCUGACGAUCCUUCACAGAACACGACUGCAUUGGAGGUUUUCAGUAGUUAUUGCGAGAUUGGAGGGUCUAAAUUGGCCGAGAUUACUGCUGCUACAACAUCCAUACCAUCGAUAACAUCAUUACUGUCAUCUACGUUUGCUUCUCCAGCAUCGACACCACGGUCAGCAACAUCUACCCCCACAACACCGGUAUCAUCACCUCAGCCAACGGAAGCGACCGAGCAGGCUUCUACUUCUAAGAACAACCGCACGGUUGCCAUAGCCGCAGGCGUUGCCAUUCCGGUUGUCGUCCUAGCCUCAGCUUUUGUGGUCUUCUUUUUGUUCCGUCGUCAUAAGAACAAGAAGCAGCACAGUAGAUUCAAUGCUUACGAGGUAGACGCUUCCACGGUGGACGCAUCAAAGGCAGGCACAUGUCAUGAGGUCAGCGACAAAGGGCAAAUCGCAGCAGAGAUGCCGAACCCGGAUCCCCAGGAGUUGGAUGGUGAGAGUAGAGGGACAUGA